GAGGUCGUUUCCUUGCAGGAAAAUAUCAGAUCGGACCGGUAGUGAGUCUUUUUCCACCGACCGUUUCUUCCUUCUCAACCUUCGCCAUCUCCAACUCCACAGACGAUAAAUUGUCUCAAAAUUUUUUUAUCAAAUCCCUAAAUUAUAAACCAAUAAUCACCGAAACCCCAGAUUUCCUUAAGUCCCUAGUUAUAUCGUCACCGACUCGGCCAUUCACUCCUUCACUCGCUCACUAACUCACUAGCAAAAAAUGGACCGAGAUUCAUCCGACGAAGACGACGACCGACGUAACUUAACCUACCGAAACGACACCACAAGAUCCAGUUUCAAUGUCGAAGAGCUCGAACCACAAAUGCGGCGUCGUUCCAAGCUCACUUUCCACAAAGGUUAUCUCUUCGCCCUUGUGCUCCCUCUGCUCAUCGUCUUUAUCUACUUCUCCACCGAUAUUCGCUCCCUCUUCACUUCCGAUAUCUCCUCCUUUAAAUUCAAUACGGUGUCGGAUCAAAUCAGAGAAUCCCAACUCCAAGCUCUUCACUUGUUGAACCAGCAGCAAAGUUCCCUUCUUUCUAUCUGGAAUCACACUUUCAUUAACUCUAAUAACAUCACGACCGUCCAAUUUGAUGAUAUCAAAGCCACAUUGCUCACCCAGAUCACGUUAAACAAACACAUGCAGCAAAUUCUAUUAUCCCCUUACAAAGCCGGAGACACCCUUCAAAACGGCACUGCUUUGGAUCCCAGUUCUGCCGGUUACGGUUUCCACCGUUGCAGAAAAGUUGACCAGAAAUUUUCUGAAAGAAGAACCAUUGAAUGGAAACCCAGACGGAAUAAAUUCUUGUUCGCGAUUUGCUUGUCGGGUCAGAUGAGUAACCAUUUGAUUUGCUUAGAGAAACAUAUGUUUUUCGCGGCGAUUUUGAAUCGGGCAUUGGUGAUUCCGAGUUCGAGAUUCGAUUAUCAGUACAACCGGGUUCUGGAUAUCGAGCACAUCAACGAUUGUAUUGGUAAAAAAGUUGUUGUACCAUUCGAGGAUUUUAUGAAAUUGAAGAAGAAUCACGCUCACAUUGACAAAUUCAUUUGCUAUUUCUCGACCCCGCAGCCGUGUUACAUGGACGAAGAGCAUUUGAAGAAGUUGAAGUCGUUGGGAAUUUCGAUGGGGAAAUUGGAGGCUGCUUGGAAGAAUGAGGAUGUUAAGAAUCCGAGUCGAAAGACGGUCAAGGAUGUGGAGGAGAAGUUUGGGUCUGAUGAUGAUGUGAUUGCAAUUGGGGAUGUUUAUUUUGCCGAUGUGGAAAGAGAUUGGGUGUUGCAACCAGGCGGUCCGAUUGCUCAUAAGUGUAAGACGUUGAUAGAGCCAAGUAAACUUAUCUUGUUGACUGCUGAACGGUUCAUUCAGACGUUCUUGGGUAGUAAUUUUAUCGCUCUUCAUUUCCGGCGACACGGCUUCUUGAAGUUCUGCAAUGCUAAAAAGCCAAGCUGCUUUUACCCUAUUCCUCAAGCUGCGGAUUGCAUUACUCGGAUAGUUGAAAGGGCCAACUCUCCAGUCAUAUACCUUUCAACAGAUGCAGCAGGGAGCGAAACUGGUUUGCUGCAAUCAAUGAUCAUGCUGAAUGGAAAGACUAUACCGCUGGUUAAACGUCCUCCUCGUAAUUCAGCUGAAAAAUGGGAUGCCUUAUUAUACAGACAUGGCCUUGAAGGUGAUUCUCAGGUGGAAGCUAUGCUGGAUAAGACCAUCUGUGCUAUGGCGAGUGUGUUCAUCGGAGCCUCAGGUUCGACUUUCACGGAGGACAUUUUACGACUCCGAAAAGACUGGGGAACGGCAUCUAUAUGUGAUGAGUACUUAUGCCAAGGUGAAAACCCAAACUUCAUUUCAGGUGAAGAGUGAAGAAUAUGCAGAAUUGGCAAUCUCCUGACAUAGUCUAUUUGCAAAGGAUAAUGUAUCAUAAGAGCAAUUAAUUGAUUACUUUAGUGUGUUCCAUGAAUUUAACCCCCCCCUAAACCUUUAUUCUUUUAUUGACUUUGUAAAUUACCAUCAUCAAUCAGUUCAGUAGUUGAGGAACCAUGUUUAUGAAAUAAAGCCCAGGGAUACGACGUUAAAUA